CGUGAUUUGCCGGUAUGUACCGCAGUUCGUUUUCGUCGCAGUGACUCAACGAACGAAUCAACGAUGAGUGAAACUGUACUUUACGCUGCCCUGACAGCAAGUCCUGUCAUCCUUCCCUACGCCUACGUUGUCGGAGGAACAUGGAGCUUGAUUCUGAGCUUUUGUGCCUGCUUGUUCACAGUGCCCACCUGCGCAUUCAUAAACUCGUCCCUAAGGGGGGACAAAUUGAUGUUCACCUACCCUCUCCUCAUCCCUCUGUGUCUUCCGCUGUCGGCCCUCCUGAACCCAUCAUCGCUAGAAUGGAAGUUCUCUGUUGUGACGACUGUUCUCUUCGGAACCUUGGUCGGUCUCCGCGUCUUGGUUUCGGUGAGCCGUGCUCCUCUGAAGGUGCCGCAGAUUUGCGUGUCGACAAGGCGUCGCAUCGCCCACGUCAUAUCGUCGCAAAUUUUUCCCAAGUUCUCCACGAGCUUCAACGCUCUGGGAUUCCUUCUAGUUAUAUCCGCCGCGGCCGCGAUGGCACUGACGAGAUCGAUGAAGAACACUUCAUUCACGGGCCUUUUGAUCGACACUUCCCUCGUGGCGAUCAUGAUGAGCGUUUUCUACAAUACUUGCUUAGCAACGACUCGACUCUUCAUGACAUUGCCGCCAUUGAGACUCAAUGGAAGGAAAAUAUGUGAAGGACUCGCGAAACGAGACAAAGUCGCGUUUUGGGAGGCCAGUCUCUUCGUUGCCUCAGGGAGGGCCAGUCGUGAAUAUGUGUGGGAGAUCAGUCCGAUCGGUGGCAGGAUCCUCAACUGGGGAACGAUGGUCGAGCCAGCGCUCAAAACCCUCAAGGACGCGACAGCGUAUUUAGAGAAAAACCGGCCGAAGAGGAGCGUUAAAUUCAGCUGGAAGAAACCCGCCCUCAUCGACAUACCCGAACUCGAGCAAGUUUUGUGGUGCUUGGACGCGAUUGGAAUUCUCGUCUACCACGCGUACCGAGAGAACAAGAACGGGGUAGUUCAGGUUCAUUUUAGACAAGUCAUGGACAUCCUUUUCAACUUGGAGCUCGCUGCACAGGGCCAUGGACCGAACAUCCUCCAAGACAGGAUACAGAACACCUUGUACAAAAUUUGCACCAAGUAUUCAUCUGCGUUACAUUCAUUAGAUAUCGAUCAACGCUUCGUGGAUCGUUUUGUGAGCUAUUCGGAUUUUCGAAUUUAAUCUCAUCUCCCGAUAUUCCGGGGAGUCCGGAACCGCUCAGUUCUUAAAACAUACCGGGGUGCCGGGCUUCCGAGAAAAUGAGGAUCGAGAAAGUGGUCCGUCGUCUGAGAAACUCGAACGAUUGCCCGGGAGUCCCCUGAAUUGCAGCAGAUACCGGCACCGAUGUGUAUAAAUUGAUGUACAUACAUAAAAACAAUGUUACCUGAAG